UUCAAGCAUAAGCGCAGGUAAUUUCGCAAGAACCAAGGAUUAUCAGGGCCAUUUUUAUUUUCAGUGUCGAUUGCUGAGUCUUUGGAGCACGAGUCCAGAGUAGAGCUCUAGCCCAGUUGUUAUUUGAUCGUGAUGGUCUUAGCAAGUUUUGGCCAAGCCGAUCUGGCAAGGAACGUGCUUGUAAUGUGCAAAAGGCUUUUGCCAGUUUGCGGUGUUUGCGUAUUACGCCUAGUGCUGGACACUGGGGAUCUUCAAACAACUCCAUAAUCCUGAUCAGCUCAGCUUUUGUAGUUUUCCGAUUUUGACCAAAAACGGCUCUCAGAAUUGGUACAAUGGCAUGAAAAGUAGACGUGCAGUUUGAGAAUAUUGUUAUUUUGUUUCGUACAGUAAAUGCCUCGCCCCAAGUAACGAGCAAUGAAAUUAGCAGGACAAGUUCAACGUGGCAUGCGGCAGUACACCCUACAUCAAUUAAGUUACACCGUAUCGACAAAGUCGGACAAGGCAACCGUGCGGCACGCCCGCCGAUGUCAUGUUGUCGUGAGGUCGCGUUGCUGGCCCACAUUUUAUUGAAAAUGGAAUGCUCAAACCUCCGUCGCUUUUUCUUCUCGAAGUAUUGUGAGACAGUUGGCUGUAGGGGAAUGUCUGUCGAACAAAUUACCGAAACGUCCAGUAGCGUGAUCAAGACUGACUUUACAUCACAGAUAAUAAAAAGAAAUGUGAUUGGCUCAUCGACAUAAAACUAAAUGGUGGUGCUGGCUGUCUUUGUGGACGCCUUGUUUCUGCUCAAACUAAACGGUGACAUGAUUGCAAAGUUCAAAGGGCAUACAGUAAUUUUGAAAGUUCACACAUUAUAAACACGCGAUGUAUCCGGGCUGGUCAUGCCUGAGAAAAUUGCAGCAAGCAGUUCACCAAAUCUGUCCACAACAUGGCAUUCUCCACCAGACCAGUGUCCCCUACACGCUACAGCAGAAUGGACUGGCUGCAUAACCCAAUCGUUGUCACUGCUCUGUUAUCUGCAUCAUCUAACUGAAUGUUUGUGAAAGGCAUUUGUGGGCUCUGCUGACACGAUCGAUCGUCUAUCCAUUUCUACUCGGUACGACCCAGCGCAUUUUGAGCUAGCUUGAAAUUUGAGCCAUCUCUAAAACUAGUCUUCGUGUUCCGUAUUUCUUGACUAAGUGAAUGCUGAUGUUCACAAGCUGAUAAUGCUUAACGCACAGGCCCACCGUUGAAUCUCCCAGGUGUGUGCAUACGGAUCGAGAGCGUAUUGUGUCUGGAUUGUGUUUGACAAUCAUCGUUAAUGUCGCAGACGAUCGCCUUCGAUGAAGGGUCUUUUCCUGUAAAUCGUCAGGCUACUCGUCUUGCCAUCAACUGGUCAGUCAUUGAUAAUAAAAUAGGUGCCCAACAACCUAUUAAAAUCACUGAAGACGUGGAUGUAGAGUAAUUCAAAAUUGGAAGCGCAAUACACCUAGCCGCCUUAUAGAGACCGUGCUCCCAUCACAAUCACCUAUCUUAAGGUCAGACCGAUUAUCCUGACCAAACAGCGUGGUCCCACGUCAAUUUGAGUGAAAUAGUUCCACUCCGCAUUCCUCGCCUCGCAUUUCAGCUCAUCGGCUCCUGUCCAGGAAUCGGAAAGUGAUUGUACACGUCUCAAUCAAGAAGGAUAGCCAUUCUCUUAACGGUGAAAUCGCACUGUCUUGUGCAGUUUAGCAACCACCCCCACUGUUGACCAGUGACUUGCUUUUACUCCUUCUCGCGAUAGAUUAAUGUGUUAUUUGAUGGAGAGUAGUAUCAAAUUUCAUUUUCCUGUUCGCGACGUUGAUUCGGAUACAGAGGAGCCCGAUCUGUAACGUCUUCGUCGCAACGAUGGCUAUGAGAUAGAUUAUUUUAUUCAAGAACUCUAUCGACGCAUGAAGAAUAUACGGCAUCUCUUGGUGCCUCUUCAUGGAAAACGCAGUUUUUUCGAGUUCUGGUCUCAUUUUUUUACCAUACGCGACGUGCAGUCGACGUCUACAUUGGAAUGGAAGAGGAAUUAAGAGAAGAGACGUAGGCAAAGGCAAGUAAGUCGUAUCCUGUAAUACAGACUCCAUGAACUCGGGCAAUUGACUGUUCAAUACAUAAAAGUGAUCAUUUGUCGAUCACAAGCGGUUUUUUGAUACCGAGUGGGAAGCGAAAGCGAUAUCUUCUGAUUUAAGGCUACCUGGUAGCUCAACAAAUUGGCCAGGCUUUUGAGGUCGUCCAUCAAAAAACCAAUUACGGUCACAAUCUAUGAAGUUUUCCCCAUCCGUUGUCAACACAAAUUUGAAAUAUGUUCACACGACGUGAAAAAUGCGAUUCUCAAUGGAGGUUUAGACACAUCGGUUAAUAUUUGACCGCCACAAGACAAUCAUCUCUCUAAGGUAUUAAUCUUCAGCCGCAUCGAAUUUUGUAGGGAUUAAAGCAAACUGCAGCUGUGUGGAACAUGAUAGAUAGGAAGGUAAUCACGUCCGUUGCAUUUCAGCCAUGUCGCUCUGACACGUGCUCACUUGUCAUCCCACUGUAAAGUGGCAUGAUCGCCUUCCUUGCACUCCACGCCAAUGAUUGACUCAUUGUAUGCGUGGAAGCUCACUCGCUCGGUACACUUCACGCUCAAGAAUAUCGAUAAUGCGCGAAUCGUGUCGGGAAUUGAGCUAGUGUACUAUCGUGGUGAAAAAGGUCUUCACUUGUGCCCAAAUCAAUUGGCAAAGCGGCUAUUCAAAAAUUCCAGAUUGCCUGCCGAGAUCCAACCUUUUUGACCAGGAUCAGAGCGAUUUACCAUUGGUAAAGUCGCGAGGUUGAGGAAAUCAAUCGGAUCCCUAGUGUAUAUUGCAGAAUUAUGAAGUCCGUAUAUCUGCGCCUCGAAUCGUGACUUGAUUCACUCCCUUAUGUCACCAACCCAAGCGCAUGAAACGGCGGCUCAUGUUCAACACUUAGUGUUGGUAAGCACCAAUUUGGGACUUGCCAUACGCGCGGUGAUCCGUCGACCUCAUCGCUAAUAAGAUAGCGACAUUGCGAAAGUGAACUCUACUACUGUAGUCUUAGUCGUAUCGAGCGGUCCGCACAUCGAAGCCUCAAAGGUCUACCAAUUGCUCUGUCAUCGGCCGAGGCAGAGCAUAUCAUGACUUUAAAUCAUACAGCGCAAGAUUUUUAUGGCUUUGUUUUUUUUGAGAGCUCAGUUCCAAGACGAAAUCUGAAAUUAUGAUAGUGAACAGUUAAGCCGCGAUCGCGAUCACGCACCACGCGAUAUACAUGUCACCGCCAAAUCCUACUCAAUAACAAAGGCACUUGCGGCAUUACAGUUUAUGAAACUUGCCAAACCGUACGGUGUUGUGAGUCUUGCUGAGAUGGUGAAUUGAGGUGAAGUGUCUUGAAUUAUUGAGAAUCUUUGGUCUGUUCAUGUCCGUAUCAACAUCAGAUGCGAGACGCCCACCUACAAAAAAAAAUUCAGGAGCAUUUGACCUGGAUAUUGGUUCGUAAUCCUUCUUUAGAAUUUUUA